AUGUCCAAAAGGAAAUCCAGAAUUCAGGAAAUGCAAAAGAUUCCUUAUGCUUUAGUAGUAGGGAGUUUGAUGUAUGCCCAAAUAUGUACGCGUCCAGAUAUAGCCUACAUAGUUGGGGUUUUAGGCAGAUAUUUAAGCAAUCUAGGAAUGAAUAAUUGGAAAGUAGCAAAAAGAGUUAUGAGGUAUUUACAGAGAACAAAGGAUUAUAUGCUCACGUACAGGAGAUCAGACCGGUUAGAGAUCACUAGAUAUUUUGACUCAGAUUUUGCAGGAUGCCAAGAUAGUUUGAGAUCCACUUCGGGUUACAUUUUCAUGUUGGUCAGUGGCGCGAUUUCUUGGCGUAGUGCUAAACAAACCCUUACGGCUUCAUCCACCAUGGCUGCGAAAUUUGUAGCAUGCUAUGAGGCAUCAAAUCAAGGUAUAUGGCUGAGAAACUUUGUCACAGGGCUGCUCAUUAUGGAAGGACUUGAAAGACCACUCGAGUUUUAA